GCAUUCACCCAAGAUAUAUCCACAGUCUUAGAUUACUAGCCUUUUUUUUGUGUAGUCUGAUUUGUCUUGUUAGUAGAGGCACAAAGUGUAACAGCAGAUUCAUCUGUUUCCAAUUGUUUCCCCCCCAUAUUCUGUAAGAUCUCUAUUUUUUUUUCCACUGUACUUGUUCUGAAUGGACUACAGUAUGUCAGCACUGGUGCACAGAGUCCACCUUCACAAGUCUCCUCUUGUGCUCUUAUUCUGUCUUGAUCCCUAUCUACCUCUAAUGUAUGAUCUGUGACAUUAUUCCACUGUCUCAUCUAAUCUCUUACAUUUUAUUUGCCUUAAUCUCCUGCUAUUUGGGUACACGUUGCAAAUUUUAUAUUAUCGGCUGAUGUGCAGUGUGCCAAGUAUAGCAAAGGGUGUGGAUGGAUAAAGAAAUAAGAAAGUGCACCAAAAAAUAAGACAAAGUUGAUGUAAGCUACCUCUAUGCCUGUGCAAGUGAUGGAUUGACAUAUUUGACUUGAAAUAACUUAGUCCGUAUAGUCCCAUGUAAUCCAAUCUGCAGAUCUAGUUAAGUUCUCACUUAUAAACUUUAUUAGAAAUAUUAACCCCGAUUUUUCUAUUAUUAUUAUUUUUUUUACUUAUGAGGCAGAGUACAUGUCUAAUACACAUGCCUGCCAUUAGCCCCUUGUUAAAGUACCAUAAUUAAACUAACUUUGGGAGAGUUCAGACACUUGGAUGGAUAAAUGGGAAAAUUGGAACACGUUACGUACAGACGUCAACGUGACGUUUCUAUUGGUCCGUUGUUGAGUUAAUUGGUGAACGGAACCGGCUGUCAACUAUUUAGUUAGUAAGAUGGAGGGUGUUUGGCGGCAUGCUCAAAACACACGGAGGAUGGACUCGGCCCGUAGUGGAAGUAUCUGUAGACGUUUCAUAAAUGGCUCUUGCAGAUUUGGUCCCAGGUGUAAUUAUCGACACGAAUGGCCAGUUAUACCAUCAGCCCAAAUCUGUAGGUACUUUCAAAAAGGUGGAUGCUGGUAUGGUGAACGCUGCAGGUAUCUCCAUGUCCUUCAACCGGAGGUCGAUGCAGCUGUUGCAGGUAGAAGAAGUUCGGUGCCUACGGUCUCCUCCUCCAGUGUGGCUUACAAUCCAUCCGACAGAAGAGGGUCAGAGCCUGCUCUUCUGCAGGCCGAGGUGAUGUCCAGGCAGGAAUGCAGAAGAUCAGAGUUUGUGGUUAAUGUCUCAAAUCCUCAACGCAGCAUUGGGCGUCUGACAGCAAAUAUUGCUGAGGAACAAUCAGAAGAUACUGACUCUCAUCUCACUGCUUCUUGGGAAUCAGCCCAGAGCUCAGAAGUUGCUCAAGCAUAUGCAUGUGAUGGAAGAAAUGAGCAGACUUCUUCCAGUGAGACGACAGAGGACGGUGCUGCUGCUGCUGCUGCCUCUAAUACCCAGAGGAAAGUAGAGGAAAUGGAGGCCUUCCUCCAGAGUAAAAAUGUGACCUGUGGCAUUUGCAUGGACAAGGUGUACGAAAAGAUCGAUCCAAGAAACCAUGUUUUUGGAAUCUUGCCAAACUGCAAUCACUCGUUCUGUUUACAAUGCAUCAUGACCUGGAGGAAAACGAAAGACCUCGGGCCAGACGUGGUGAAGAGCUGCCCGCAGUGCAGAGUGAGAUCUGCCUUUUAUGUGCCUAACAAACACUGGGUUGAAGGGCAAGCAAAGGAGAGCUUAAUUGCUGCCUUCAAAGAGAAAUUCAGUAAGAAAAGCUGCAGUUACUAUACACGAUACAGAUGCUGCCCAUUUAAAACGGAGUGCCUUUAUCGGCAUGACAAACAUGCACGUCGCAGGUCAUUUCCGUAUCCUACAGAAGAUGAAGACGAAUACGAUGGUGUAGAUCUGCUUAAUCUCUUCAUAGCCAUGACCCUUCUCGGUGGUGACGAUGACGACGAUGAAGAUGACUUUGACUUUCCUUUUUACCUAUCUGAGGAGUACGGUUUCUGAGCUUUUUCAUUGUCUUUUGUUGUUGUUGUCGGUGCCUGAAACCACUGACUGGGGUCUUGACUAUAAAACUGAGCCCAGAAGAACACAUGGCUAUGUCUCGACCCUUCUGUCCUCGUUGGAUCAGUAUUGCUACAUUUUGAGUAGCCGCGAUCGAGAUGAGGGAUAUCAACCGUGCACCAUGGAGAGCGUUCAGAGAGAUUGUUAGUGAGAUAGCGAGAGGGACUAAUCUGUGACUUCACCUGCUACAGUCUGUUUGGAGAAUGUGUUACACUUGGCUCUCCAUGGCACAUGGCUUGUUGCCCCCUCCUCUAGAUGUAAGCACCCCCUGUGUGGGACAAAUCUUGACUCUCUAAUGUUGUUAUGGUUAAUCUGUGGCCUUGUACUUUGCAUUUGUCUCACCCUCCUGUGGCCGUUGUGCUUCAAACUCGUUGCAGAUAGUUAAUUUUGCCUGAUCCUCUACCGAUUAAUAGGAGUGCUCAAUUCUGACUUGUCCUCGCAAUUUGCACCAUUUUGAUAUUUUAAAGUGUUUUGUGGAUAGUAGUUUUAAUUGUCUAUUGAUGAAAAGUAUACUGUACCCUUUCUUGCAUGUCCCCUACUGAUUACCUGCCUCAAGUGAUAGUCAUGACAGCCUUUUUCCUAGUUUUGGCAAGAAUGUAAAAUGUUAAGAUUUUAUUUCUUUUAAACAAGUUGUACUUGUACACAGAAAAUAAAACAUUGCUUCACACUUUGUCUCACUAAAAA